AUGGCUGGUGGCAACCUGGCGCUACAGGAAAACCUCAAGCUCACCAACACACAUGUCGAAGAACUCAAUCACCGCCUCUCUCACAUGAGCACUGGCACAGCCAGUGACUGCAUUACCAUUUCCCUGACGGCCACCCCUCCAUCUGCCCCUCCCUUGCUGUCUGAGCACGUCACAGCCCCAAACGAACAGCCAGUACAACCCCAUCCAGCCACCUCAGCUGCACAAAUCUCCACUUCAGCUGCAACUCCCAGCUCCGCUCCGACAUGCACGAUCAUACUAGGUGAUGGUACUGAGCUCACAUUCACGGAGGCGGACGUUGGCUCUCCACCACUAACCAGCUUUGCUGAUGACGUUGCUGGCCUCAACCGAAUGUGGGAUGACACCACUCCCAAUUGGGGUGGCACGUUGGUGUUGGAGAUCAAGGGUCACCCAAUACCCAUCGUCUACUGGAAGGAUAGCAAGUGGUUCAACUGGAAGGUCGUCGUGCAUCGCUACUGCCAAGGAACGCACACCCAAUUUUGGGAUGAGUUUUCACAUAAUGGGGAGCAGCUUUGCUUCACGAAGAUCGUCCAACGACUUUCGGAGCUUCGCAAGGAUGAAGACCAGGCCACAGCUGAAUGCGCAAGGGCAGAGUAUGCUGCCAACUUCCCAUCUUUCUUUUCAUACAAAAAGAACGGGGUUUCUCACAUUAAAACUAAGCCUUCAGAUAUUGGGAAGACAUAUCGUUUACUCAAAGGGAUUUCUGGUGUAGAAGCAGAUGGUGAAGAUUGA